AAAAUUAAAAAUAAAAUUUUUUUCCAGCUUGCAAAAAAAAGUCAUCCAGAUAUAAAUAAAGGAGAUCCUGAAGCUGAAGCAAAAUUCCAGGAACUUUCUGAAGCAUACGAGGUUCUAGGUGAUGAAACAAAACGUAAACAGUAUGAUCAGUGGGGCACCACUGGUGAAUUUGCUGGAUCUGGAGGAGGCUUUCAAGGCUUCUCUUCGAGUAUUGACCCUGAAGAAUUAUUUAGGAAUAUAUUCCAAGGCUUCCGUACUGGUUUCCCUGAAUCAGAUUUUGCUGAAUCUCAGUUUGGGUUUGGUUCACAUGAAGUUGAAAUGAAGUUAACUUUUGAACAAGCUGCCCGAGGUGUAAAUAAAAAUAUUUCUCUCAGCAUAUCAGACACUUGCCCAAACUGCAAUGGGCAGCGUUGUCAGCCUGGAACAAAACCUGUAAAAUGCACAUUUUGUAAUGGCACUGGAAUGGAGUCACUGUCUAGAGGCCCUUUCAUUUAUGGGUCCACGUGUCGUAAAUGUCAUGGUACUAAAGUUUUGAUAAAAGAUCCAUGUACAGUUUGUGAUGGUAAAGGUACAACAGUUCAAAGAAAAGUUGUGAUUGUGCCUGUUCCUGAAGGUAUUGAAGAUGGUCAAACUAUUCGAAUGCAAAUAACCAGAAAGAAAGAACUUUUCAUCAGAUUUAGGGUUGCCAAAAGUGACUAUUUUAGAAGAGAUGGACCUGAUAUUCAUUCUGAUGUCACUAUUAGUGUGUGCCAAGCAUUAUUAGGUGGGUCACUUAGAGUUCGAGGGCUGCAUGAGGAAAUUAUCCUUAAGAUACCUCCUUGUACUUCAUCGCAUACUCGCAUGAGAUUAGAAGGGAAAGGAAUCAAACGUGUAACUAGCUAUGGUUAUGGAGACCACUAUAUAUAUAUCAAAAUAAAAGUACCAUCGUAUGUAUUAACUUUUUU